AUGCAGAUCUUCAUCGAUGCGUUGGGGGGUCGCACCCUCAACUUGACCGUUGCGAACGACGCGUCCGUGGCCUCCGUCGCGGCGCAGGUGGAAAACUUGGAGUUCAUCCAAAACUUCCGCUUGACCGCGGCCGGCGUCACCAUGCACGGCGCUCAAUCGUUGGCCGACUACAACGUCUGCGACGCGGACACGUUGAAGGUGACGUUCGACUUGGCCGGUGGGAUGCGUGCCAAGUGGCGCAAGAAGCGCAUGCGUCGCCUGCGUCGCAAGCGCCGAAAGAUGCGCCAACGCGCCAGAUAA